CAGAUGUUAGUUCCAACUGCAGACUAUGUCGUGAGGCAAGGUCGAAACGAUUCCGUCGAAACUGCUUCUAAAAUUAUUCGGGAAACUAACUUCUAAAAUUUGUAUAAAAAGGUCCGUCGUGCCUAACCAGGUCAGACAGAUUCGUGCAGCCAAGCAGCCGCACCAUGAAGUCCAUAAGCCUGAGUGCGCUGGUCGUCAGCCUGCUAAGCCAGCAAGUCAUCGCAGGAUGGUUUGGAGACAACUAUUACGGCUUCGGGAGUGACUUCGGCAGCGGCUUCGGUGGCGGAUAUGGCAGUGGAGUCGGAAGCGGAAGUGGGCUGAGCGGCUUCGGGAGUGGCUUCGGGGGCGGAUACGGCAGUGUUUUAGGCAGCGGAUUUGGAAGCGGAAGUGGACUGAGCGGCUUCGGGAGCGGCUUUGGUGGCGGAUAUGGUAUCGGAAGCGGAUUGAACGGAUUUGGCGGAAACGGUGGAUUCUGGGGCAACAGUUAUGGCAGCUCCUACGGAGUUCCGAGGGUCGUUAUUUAUCCCGUUGUUUUGCCAAGCGGAAGCGGCAGCUUGUGGGGAAAUAACGGUGGCUGGUACGGAAACAGCCCUCUCGGUUACUGGAGGCCAUGGAGUUCUCCAGUCAGUGCAUGGAGGUUGCUUCCUGAACAGUUUGGAGUCAGUCAACCUGGGGUCAGUCAACAGUGGGGUCCGCGCAGAGUAGGUUCACCGGCCACGUGGUUCACCUCGGGCAAUCUCGGCAGUCAAGGUCCUUCAGGCGUACUCUAUAGAUUACCUGUGCUUGGAGGAAAUGGAGGCCUCAGCGGAGACGGAGCAAGCGACUACGAUAGCACUUACGACCACAGCAGCUCCUACGGCAGCAGUAGUCCAUCGAGCUGGAGUAGCCAAAAUGGCGGUUCCGGAUUUGGUGGAAGCUACAGAAGCCUGGGGAGCUUUGGCAGCCUGGGUGGUAGCAGCGGUCCGCAAAGCGGAUUUGGCGGCAGUUUUAGCCAGUUGGGUGACGAUAGCGACGGCUAUUACGAUCUGAGUAGUGGAUCAAGAGGAAGUGGUAGUUAUGUCAGUUUGAGCAGUGUCUCGGGAACAAGCGGGUUUUUGGGAGGACUUGGCGGUCAAGGUGGAGGUGUUACUGGGCUUCCUAGCCAAUUCGGUAGUUUUGGACAGCUGGGAGGACUAAGUGGAUAUGGUAGUCUGGGUGGUUACGGCAGUCCCUACCUGAGAUUGCUGUGCCGCGUCACUGGUCUCUCGCCAAGCAGAGUGCUGCGCCUUUACAGGAAGUACAAAAGAAGCGGGAUCAGAUGCAGUUUUUUGACGUACCUGAGGCGAAAGGGAUACCUCGGUGGCUACUAUGGUGGACUUCCUUUUGGCGGUACGCAGUCUAGUAGAAGCCAGCCAGUAAAUGGUGGAAGUUUCUUAUACUGGAGGCAGCAGCCAAGUUACUACUACAGCUGGGGAACUCCCGGAGGUAGCUAUGGUAGAAGUUCCAACGGUGGACUCGGUGGAUCGACCAGCGGUAGUUACGGCGGGUCUAGCUACCCGUUCGGAGGAAGCUCGGGCCGCAGCAGCUCUUGGGGUUCAGGAAGUUCUGGGAGUUCAUGGGGGCAGGAUGGGCAGACGCAAGUGAAAUUGUUUUGAAGUAAAGUUUCGUAUUACUCAGAAUAAACUGUAAAACUGCAGAAUCAAAGCGAUGUGCCAUGCUAAUUUGCGAUUGGGCUACCGUGCUUUCGUGUAUGGAAAUAAAAUUUUACCAAUAUUUUCGUGCGAAA